UUCCGCCCCGCAGGAUGGAGCGGAAGUUGGCGGAAUGGCGAGUGCGGCAGAGGCUGGAAAAGCCGCAAAGCGACGAAGGGUUUCGGGGAAGCCGCGGGGCGGUCGGUGCCCUGUGGGAGCGGCUGUGGCCCCGCGGAGAUGAGGCAGAGUCCCGUGAGCGGCCUCGAGACACAGCCGCGAGCAAAGCAAAGAAGGAAAAUGGCCAGGCUUGGUUCCACGAGAGAUCUCUGGCAGACCCUGCUGAAUCUGAUCACACUAUCUUCACAACUGUGACAAUCCUAAAAUUCCUGCUCUGGCUGGUCCUACUCGGUCUCUUCAUUGAGCUGGAGUUUGGCCUGGCAUAUUUUGUACUGUCGAUGUUUUAUUGGAUUUACGUUGGGACCCGAGACCCAUCCAAAAAGAAGCAAGGUGAAGUUAGUGCAUACUCUGUGUUCAACCCUGGCUGUGAGGCUAUUGAAGGGAGUCUGACAGCAGAACAGUUUGAGCGAGAACUUCAAUAUAGACCCCUGGCUGGCAGAUGACUGACCUGUGAAAAACUUUUGUUUUAUUGUAUGAAAUAUCCAUUAGGGUAAUAUGUACCUGAAGUAACCAACAAAGCUCUCAGUGUAAUACUGCACUCUCUUACAGUACGUAGGUCAAUGCUUAGCAGUCGGCAUCAUCUACAUUGCAGACUGUCAACACAUAAAAUGAACUGUGGUGAUAUUUAAAUACAAUAAAAGGCAACAAUUAAA